AUGGAUGACCUCAUAAUUGAUGAUAAACCAGAUUAUGAACCUAAAUAUAUUAAUAAACAUAGUAGAUAAUAUUAAACUUCUCAAUCUAGUAGAUUUAGCAAUAAUAGUCCUAAUCUCUAUAACUUUAUUAAUUAACCAAGUUAUAAUCCUUUAAAUUAAUCUUUGUAUUCACAAGUACCGGCAACCUAAUAAUAUCCAUCAUAAUAAUAUAUACCAACUAUUCCAUUUUAACCAUAAAGUCAAUAGCAAAUUACAAAUCCUAUUAGAAAUGAUAAUGUUGUUUUAUAGUAACCUGUUCAUGUAUAGGAGUAUGAUAAUAACUUUAUUAAUAAUCAAUCAUAUUAUGCUCCUUAGGUUUCAAGUGAUCCAAAAAAGAAAUACGAUUUUAGUUAAUGGGAUAAAUAUAAUGAUAUUAAUGAUCCAUUUCCAGUCAAAUCAUAUAUAUCUCCCUCUAAUGAUUACAUGAAUCCUUAUUUAUCAUCAAGUCCUUACAAAAAUAAUGUUGUUAAUGUAGAAGAUUAUAAUCAUCUAUAUGAUAAUACAGGUGAUUAUAAACCUGGAGAAUUCCGACCCUCGACAUAUAAUUUCACUCCAUAUGAUUUCAAAUAUAGUGAUCAAUAAUACUAGCCUAGAGUUGAAAGUACUACUAAAUCAAAUGGGUAAUAGUAUUCUAAUUAUAAAUAGUACACCAUAACUAUAUCAAUAAAAGCCUGGAUAGCAAGCCUGUCAAAUCUUUUGA